GUUUCAGUUUUUAGCUGUUAAGUGUCAGUUGAUAAAGGAAGAACUGCUGAAGAAAAGUCUGAGCUGACAGACAAGAUCAUCUGGUACUGUAACGACUUCCUACCAGAGUAGGGACAUGGCAGAGUCGUCAUCUUCUCCUUAUGAACAUGAAACAUCCACUAAGCGCAGAAAUAGUCUUGAAUUUCUGCCACCUCUAAUGACUGAGAUGAGGGUUGUUCUGCUGGGGAACAGCUGGUCUGAACAGAGUUCUGUGGGGAACUUCAUAUUCAGCAAGAUCUGGUUCAACCCCCAAGAAGAACCAGAGCGCUGUGUAUCACUUAGCGAAUUUAUUGGAGACAAAAAAAUGGUUGUAAUCAGCACACCAAAUUUUUUUCAUCCUGACAUUCUUGAAAGCAAACUUAAUGAGUUUGUAGAAGACUUGGUGAAACUCUCUGAUCCUGGACCUCACAUGUUCUUGCUGGUUCUCCAGCCUGAAAGCUUCACUGAGCAGCAACAGAAGAGGCUCCAAUCAGCCCUGCAGUUUUAUGGUGACCAGGUUUACAACCAUAUUCUGGUCUUAAUACCAGACGGAUCAGGUGGCAUAGACAAACCUCAGCAACAUCCACAGUAUGGAGAACUGAUGAGUAAAUGUAAUCAGAGGUUGAUGUUGCAUAAGAACCUUCAACGUUCAGAGCUGUUUACAGUUAUGGGCAGGAUUAUGAAAACAUGUGAUAGAGCUCAUGUGACCUGCGAUAUAUAUGUAGAUGCAAAGUCUGAGAUGCCCAGCUCCUCUGAAAACCUGAAAGAAGACAAGGGAGUCAGGAUCAACUUGGAUGCUGUUCGAGAAGCUGGAAUGAGAUCUAUCAAGCAUCCGUUCUAUAACCCCUCUUCACUCAGGAUUGUACUGCUUGGGAAAAGUGACAACAAAAUAACAACAAUUUCUAAGCUCAUUACCACGGAAAAGGUUUCUACUUGCUUCAAAACCCAUAUCCGCGGGCCAACCAAACCCUGUGAGUGGAAGGAAAGAGCAGUAACAGUCGCUAAAGCAAACAUUUUCACUAUGUCUGAACAGGAUGUCAGAAAAGAGAUGAAAGCAUGUGCAGGUUCGUGCUUCCCUGGACCAAAUGUUCUGCUGCUGCUGCUGAAUCCUUCUGAGUUUACUCAAGAGGACAGACAAAGACUGGACUUCACUCUGAGAUUGUUUGAUCAGGAUGGUUUUAAACGGUUAAUGAUCAUCUUCACACAUGUAGAACAUCAGCCAAGUUCUGAGGUAAAUCAGCUGCUUCACGACUGCAGAGGAAGAAGGUACAACAUGGUCGAUAACAAUCGUACACAGCUAAUGGAGAAGAUUGAGAACAUUGUUGAUGAAAAUGAAGGGACCUUUCUCACCUUCACUGAGCACGUGAAACCCUCUUUAAACCUGGUUCUGUUUGGGAGGCAAGGAGCAGGGAAAACCUCGGCAGCCAAGGCCAUUUUAGGUGAAAGAGACCAUCAUUCAGUCUCCGACUCACCAGUGUGUGUCCAGAAUCAAGGAGAGGUGUGUGGACGUCGGGUUUCCCUGGUGGAGCUGCCUGCCUUGGGUGGAAAACCUCCAGAGAAAGUGAUGGAGGAAUCAUUCAAGUGUGUCUCCCUCUGUGGACCUGAGGGCGUCCACGCCUUCGUCCUGGUCCUACCUGUGGGUCGUGUCACCAAUGAGGACAAGAGGGAGCUGCAGACCAUCCAGAACACCUUCAGCUCUCGAGUCAAUGACUUCACCAUGAUUCUGUUCACCGUGGAGUCAGAUCCCACCCAUCCAGACGUUGUUAACUUUGUGGAGAAUAGCAAAGACAUCCAGGAGCUCCGUCAGAGCUGUGGGGGGGGGGGGGGCAUGGUCCUCAACAUCAAGGACAAUCAGCAGGUCCCACAGCUGCUAGAUGAUGUUGGUCGCAUCAGAUAUGAAGAGCCCAGAUGUUUCACCAAGGACAUGUUCACCAAGGUUCUCAUGAAGAGGGUUGUAGAGCAAGAAAAGUGUUAUAAUAAGCCUAAAAUUGAAGCCAUAAAACAGAGCACGGAGGCUCUCAGGAUAGUCCUGAUAGGGAAGACUGGCAGUGGGAAAAGUUCUGCUGGAAACACCAUUUUGGGUGAAGAACUUUUUAAAUCUUCAUGCAGCUCAAAGUCAGUGACCAGGUUUUGCAAGAAAAAAACAAAAAACGUUGACGGUCGGCCUGUCGUGGUCGUCGACACCCCCGGGUUGUUCGACACGUCUGUGUCCAAUGACGUCGUUCAGCAGGAGCUUGUGAACUGCAUCAGCUUGGUGUCUCCUGGACCUCAUGUGAUCUUACUGGUUCUGCAGAUCGGUCGAUUUACAAAAGAGGAAAAAGACAGCGUGGAUCUCAUCAAGAAGUGCUUUGGCAAGAAAUCAGCAGACUUCAUCACGGUCUUAUUCACCAGAGGAGACGAUCUCACCCAGUCCAUUGAGGAGUACAUAGACAGUGACCCCCUCUUACAACAGCUGAUACAUGAAUGUGGCGGGGGAUACCACGUGUUCAACAACAAGGAAAAGAAAGAUCGAACACAAGUCCGAGAGUUGAUGACAAAAAGCAGCAGAAUGCUGGAGAGAAACGGAGGCGGAUGCUACACAACUGAGAUGUUCCAGGAGGCGGAAGAAGCGAUCCAGAAGGAGCUGGAGAAGAUCCUCAAAGAUAAGGAAGAAGAGAUGAAGAUAAAGCAGGAAGAGCUGAAGAGAGAUCAUGAUGAAGAAAUGGAAACCUUGAGAGGAAGAAUGAAAGAAGAGAUGGAAAAAAUAGAACAAGAGAGAAAAAAACGAGAUAAGCAACUGAAAGAAAUGGAGGAUAAAAUCAAAAAGGAGAAGGUCGUGAGAAGAAAAGAGCAAGAAAUGAGAAAAAAGAAAGAUGAGAUGAAGAAAAGGCAAGAGGAAAUUCAAAAACAGGAGUGGGAUAAGAAACUUGAAGGACAGAAGGAACAGAAAAAAGAAGAGAUGAGAAAACAACAAGAAAAAUGGAAGAAAGAACGAGCGGAGUUGUGGGAGGGACGGCAUCGAGAAGAGGAACAGAGACGACAGGAGGAGCGAGAAAGAGCAAAAAAACUGCAGGAAGAGUACGAAGAAAAAAGAAAAGAAUAUGAAAAACAAAGAAAAGAAGAAGAUCGCCAGAGACAAGAACAAGAGGAGAGGGAGAGAAAACAAUUAGAGGAUAACUACAAAAAUCAGCUAGAGAGCAUGAAAAAGAAAUAUGAAGAGGACGCCAGGAAACAAGCAGAAGAGUUUAAUGAUUUCAGACAGAAAUAUACGGAGGACUUCGCAGCUCUGGUGGAAAAACACAUGGAAGAAAUGCAGGAAAUGAAGCACGAGUUUGAAAGAAAACUGCAAGAGACAGAAGAGAAACAUGAGAAGGAAAAAGAAUUGUCAGAUAAUCUUUCAAGGCACAAAGAGAAAAAUCUCCAGGAAGAGAUGGAGAAACUCAAAAAGAAACAAGAAAAAGAGAUAAAUGAACUGGAAAAGAAGUACAAAGAAAAAUGUAAUAUCCUGUGAUCCUCCCAUUGUCUCUAUUCUUAACACAUCAGAUGGACAACGAUCUGAAAAAUCAUAUAAAAUGCAAAUCUCUCAAAACAUUUAAUGAGGUGAAAUGUCCUGCAAUUCUCAAAUAAGUAAGAAAAAAAACUGCUGAAGAGCGGUGCAAUAUAAAAAGAAAUGUACUUCAGAGAUGUCUAAGUGUUCCAGAGAAAUUAAAAUGUUAUGCUUUAUUAAAACGUUUUACAUACAUUAAUGUUUCAGUGAUGUA